AAGUUGCUUCUAUCUCCAUCCUGUUUGCUCCUUUGGUGAACUAGGUCCAUUAAAUUGUGCACCAAGAUGUCUCAUCUCUUGACAAGCAUCUCCAACAUCUUAGAUAUUUUCUACAAAUAUUGUGGCCAAGAUGAGGAACGUGACACAAUGAGCCAAAGUGAACUGAAGGAAUUUCUGGAAAAUGAGCUGCAAUGUAUUCUGAAAAAUCCAAGCGAUCCAGAUAUCGUGGAUGAAUUCAUGUUUAAUAUAGAUGAAGAUGAUAACAGGAGAGUAGACUUUACUGAGUUCCUAUUGCUGAUAUUCAAAUUGACAACGGCCUUCAACAAAACUUUCAAGAAGACAUAUUAUGAAGGUCAAAAUCAUUGUGACAAAGAGACUGAAAAAGAAGAAGAGGAAGAAGAAAACAACUGGGAAUCAGAAUCCGAAGAGGAACAUGAGGAAUCUAGAAAACAGCAAUCAAAGGAAACACAGAAAGUCAGACAUAGGCUGAGCAGGGUAAGGAAGGAAGUGGACGAACCUUUACUGUGCUCAGAGAAAUAUCAUAGGUCAAAUUUAAACAACUCAAGAGGCAGUAAUGCAGCUGAAUAUGCAUCCAGCUCAUGCAAAUGGAGAAGAAGACAGAACUCAAGGACAAGCCCCUCCAGACUGCAUGGAGGAGAAGAAUACAAAGCAGACUCUGAAAGUGUAAAUACAUGUAGUGGAAUAAGAUACAGAUACAAAAAGAGGCAAAAUGAUGGACUAAAGAAAAUAGGAAAUGAAUAUGUAAAAAAGAGCCAUUCAGUCACUUUUGAAGAACAAGGAAGUGAAAAAAGGUUUAAGUCUGAAAAUUCAGAAGAAGACAGUUCUACCUCUGAUUCAGACACAGAAUCUCGCACAGAAUAUAGAUCAGGGCAAAAAGCAGGACACAGAAAACAAAAAUCUAGAUCAGGUUAUAAAACCAGGUCAAACAGAUAUAGGGGAGAAUCAGUUGAAUAUUCUCCUGAUGGAAAACACAAGUCCAGCCGAGGAGAAAGAUCAGGACAUUAUGAAGAAAAAGGUCAAAGGUCUAAAUCUAAACAAUCUUCAGAUUCAACAAACUCGAACUCAACUUCUUUCUCUGACAAUGACUCUGGUUCAUACUCCAGUAGAGACUCAUCUUCUGCAUCUGCAUCCAGGCAAUCACAUAGGUCUGGAAGACACAGUACAAGAUCAGGACUGUCAUCGACAACCCAGGAACAUGGAACUAGUUCUGGAGGCAGGUCCAGGAGUAGUGGUAGACAAGGGGAGAGUUUGAAACAGUCCUACAGCUCGGUUCAAUAUGACAGAGGCUCCAGCUCUGACUCUGGAUCCUGCUCAGGAUCAGGUUCAGGCUGUAGCUCUGGCUCAGAAUCUGGCUCAGAAUUUGGUUCAGAGUACAGUUCAGGUCAGUCUUCAGGCUCUAAGCACAGGGGCUCUAGCUCUGGCUACUCUUCCAGUUCUGGAAGACAUGGCUCUAGCUCUAGCUCUGCCUCUUCCUCAGGCUCUGGCUCUGGCUCCCAGCAGUCAUCUAGCUCUGGAAAGUUGGGCUCACGAUCAGGUCACUCUUCUAGCAGCCAAGGACACAGAUCUAGUUCUGGUGGAAGAUCCAGCAGUAGUGGAAGACAAGGGCACCGUUUCAGUUCCCAGCAAUCCUCCAGCUCAGGCAGACAUGGCUCGGCCUCUGGCUCUGGCUCUGGCUCAGAAUCUGGCUCAGAAUACAGUUCAGGUCAAUCUUCAGGCUCUAAGCACAGAGGCUCUGGCUCUGGCCACUCUUCCAGCUCUGGAAGACAUGGCUCUAGCUCUACUUCUGGCUCUUCCUCAGGCUCUGGCUCUGGCUCCCAGCAGUCAUCUAGCUCUGGAAAGUCGGGUUCACGAUCAGGUCACUCUUUUAGCAGCCAGGGACACAGAUCUAGUUCUGGUGGAAGAUCCAGCAGUAGUGGAAGACAAGGGCACAGUUCCAGUUCCCAACAGUCCUCCAGCUCUGGGAGACAUGGCUCUGGCUCUGGCUCCCAACAGUCAUCUAGCUCUGGAAAGUCUGGCUCACGAUCAGGUCACUCUUCUAGCAGCCAGGGACACAGAUCUAGUUCUGGUGGAAGAUCCAGCAGUAGUGGAAGACAAGGGCACAGUUCCAGUUCCCAGCAAUCCUCCAGCUCAGGCAGACAUGGCUCGGCCUCUGGCUCUGGCUCUGGCUCAGAAUCUGGCUCAGAAUACAGUACAGGUCAAUCUUCAGGCUCUAAGCACAGAGGCUCUGGCUCUGGCCAGUCUUCCAGCUCUGGAAGACAUGGCUCUAGCUCUAGCUCUGCCUCUUCCUCAGGCUCUGGCUCUGGCUCCCAGCAGUCAUCUAGCUCUGGAAAGUCUGGCUCACGAUCAGGUCACUCUUCUAGCAGCCAGGGACACGGAUCUAGUUCUGGUGGAAGAUCCAGCAGUAGUGGAAGACAAGGACAAAGUUCCAGUUCCCAACAGUCUUCCACCUCAGGGGAACAUGGUUCAAACUCUGGCUCUACUUCCAGUCACUCAUCUCAGUUGGGUCAACAUGGCUCAGGAUCAGGUCGGUCAUCUAGCAGCCAGGGACACGGAUCUAGUUCUGGUGGAAGAUCCAGCAGUAGUGGAAGACAAGGGCACAGUUCCAGUUCCCAGCAAUCCUCCAGCUCAGGCAGACAUGGCUCGGCCUCUGGCUCUGGCUCUGGCUCAGAAUCUGGCUCAGAAUACAGUUCAGGUCAAUCUUCAGGCUCUAAGCACAGAGGCUCUGGCUCUGGCCACUCUUCCAGCUCUGGAAGACAUGGCUCUAGCUCUAGCUCUGCCUCUUCCUCAGGCUCUGGCUCUGGCUCCCAGCAGUCAUCUAGCUCUGGAAAGUCUGGCUCACGAUCAGGUCACUCUUUUAGCAGCCAGGGACACAGAUCUAGUUCUGGUGGAAGAUCCAGCAGUAGUGGAAGACAAGGGCACAGUUCCAGUUCCCAACAGUCCUCCAGCUCAGGGCGACAUAGUUCAAGCUCUGGCUCCAGUUCCAGUCAGUCUCAGUCAGGUCAACAUAGCUCAGGAUCAGGUCGAUCAUCUAGCAGCCAGGGACACGGAUCUAGUUCUGGUGGAAGAUCCAGCCGUAGUGGAAGACAAGGACACAGUUCCAGUUCCCAACAGUCUUCCAGCUCAGGGCGACAUGGUUCGGGCUCCGGCUCUGCAUCCUGCUCAGGAUCAGGUUCAGGCUCUAGCUCUGGCUCAGAAUCUGGCUCAGAGUACAGUUCAGGUCAGUCUUCAGGCUCUAAGCACAGGGGCUCUGGCUCAGGCCCUUCUUCCAGCUCUGGGAGACAUGGUUCAGGCUCUGGCUCAAGUUCCAGUCAGUCUCAGUCCGGUCAACAUGGCUCGGGAUCAGGUCGAUCAUCUAGCAGCCAGGGACACGGAUCUAGUUCUGGUGGAAGAUCCAGCAGUAGUGGAAGACAAGGGCACCGUUCCAGUUCCCAGCAAUCCUCCAGCUCAGGCAGACAUGGCUCGGCCUCUGGCUCUGGCUCUGGCUCAGAAUCUGGCUCAGAAUACAGUUCAGGUCAAUCUUCAGGCUCUAAGCACAGAGGCUCUGGCCCUGGCCACUCUUCCAGCUCUGGAAGACAUGGCUCUAGCUCUACUUCUGGCUCUUCCUCAGGCUCUGGCUCUGGCUCCCAGCAGUCAUCUAGCUCUGGAAAGUCGGGCUCACGAUCAGGUCACUCUUUUAGCAGCCAGGGACACAGAUCUAGUUCUGGUGCAAGAUCCAGCAGUAGUGGAAGACAAGGGCACAGUUCCAGUUCCCAACAGUCCUCCAGCUCAGGGCGACAUAGUUCAAGCUCUGGCUCCAGUUCCAGUCCGUCUCAGUUAGGUCAACAUAGCUCAGGAUCAGGUCGAUCAUCUAGCAGCCAGGGACACGGAUCUAGUUCUUGUGGAAGAUCCAGCAGUAGUGGAAGACAAGGACACAGUUCCAGUUCCCAACAGUCUUCCAGCUCAGGGCGACAUGGUUCAGGCUCUGGCUCCCAGCAGUCAUCUAGCUCUGGAAAGUUGGGCUCACGAUCAGGUCACUCUUCUAGCAGCCAGGGACAUGGAUCUAGUUCUGGUGGGAAGAUCCAGCAGUAGUGGAAGACAAGGACACAGUUCCAGUUCCCAGCAAUCCUCCAGCUCAGGCAGACAUGACUCAAAGUCUUCCUGUAACUCAGGCUCUAGCUCUCACUCUUCCUCAGCUUCAGGCUACUACUCUGAUUCUGAAACUGACUCUGAAUAUGACUUUACUCAGUCUUCUCUAGAUGAGGAACAGGAUUAUUCCAAUUAAUAGGCCCGUUAGAAUUUAAAAUUUAUCUCUUCUUUCUUUUCCAUAUCAUGUUUUUUGUA